AUGUUGUUUUCCGGAGUUGAUAACAAGUCGUUACAAGUUGACAUAUCUUUUUUAAAGAAAAUCAAUAAAGUAGCAUCAGUUAAAGAAAAAAUAAUUAAAAAAGCUGAAGAGCUUGAUGUGGGGUACCUAUACCCCAUAAAAGCUAUUAAAAUAGUAAACGGGAAGUAUGGCGAAAUUCCUUUAGUGGAGUUUGAAGAGUUUGUGGUGUUCCUGCCAAAAAGAAUGACGGAGGUGGUGGGGGAAAACAUACAAGAGCUGAACACUGGGAAAUUUGGUCUGGUAUAUGUAUAUAGGGCUAAAGGAAUUCACCAAAAACAAGCUGAACCCUUCACCCGUAUUUGA